CACCCUUAGUUCAAAAUGACCAGCUGGGCUAGCAUUGCGUUUGUUCUGGGCCUGGGCCUGUUGGCCGUCGAUGCGUCUGCUCCCUGGUGGCAGACGGCCUCCUUCUACCAGAUCUAUCCGCGCUCCUUCAAGGACAGCGACGGCAAUGGCAUUGGCGACCUGAACGGAGUCACCGAGAAACUGGAGUACCUGAAGGAGAUUGGCGUGACAGCGACGUGGCUGUCGCCGUUCCUGCGCUCGCCCAUGGCGGACUUUGGAUAUGAUAUUUCGGACUUCAAGGAGGUCGACGAGCUCUUCGGCACCAUGGAGGACUUUGAGAACCUGGUGGCACGUGCCAAGCAGCUGAACGUGAAAAUCAUUUUGGACUUUGUGCCCAAUCAUUCCAGCGAUGAGUGCGACUGGUUCAUACGCUCGGCUGCCGGAGAGGAGAAGUACAAGGACUACUACAUCUGGCAUCCGGGCUUCGUUGAGAACGGCGUACGCAGGCCGCCCAGCAACUGGGUGAGCGUGUUCCGUGGCUCAGCCUGGGAGUGGAACGAGCAACGCCAAGAGUACUAUCUGCAUCAGUUCCACAAGAAGCAGCCGGACUUCAACUUCCGCAAUCCCGUCGUGCGCGAGGAAAUGAACAAUGUGCUGCGCUUCUGGCUGGAGAAGGGUGUCGAUGGCUUCCGCGUGGACGCCAUCUACCACGCCUUUGAGGUUGAGGCCGAUGAGAACGGCAACUACCCGGACGAGCCGCGCAACGAAUGGACCAACGAUCCCGAUGAGUACGGCUACACCCACAAGAUCUAUACGGUCGACCAGCCCGAGACCCCACACUUGGUCUACGAGUGGCGUGAGAUUCUGGAUCAGUUCCAAAGGGAGCACGGUGGCGACGAGCGCAUACUGAUGGUGGAGACCUGGUCGCCCAUUGAUAUUGUGAUGCACUACUAUGGCAACGAGACGGCCGAGGGUGCACAAAUCCCCUUCAACUUCCAGCUGAUAACUAAUCUGAACGCGGACUCCGAUGCCUAUCACUACGAGUACUUGAUCAACAACUGGCUAUCGAAAAUGCCGAGCGGCAAGAGCGCCAACUGGGUGAUUGGCAAUCACGAUAAGAACCGCGUGGGCUCCCGCUUCGGUGCCGAGCGCAUUGAUCUGUUCAACAUUUUGCUGCUGACGCUGCCCGGCUGCAGCAUUACCUACCAGGGCGAGGAGCUGGGCAUGCUCGACGGCUACGUGUCGUGGGAGGAUACGGUCGAUCCGCAGGCCUGCAAUGGCCACGAGGCGGACUACAUGUGGAACUCGCGUGAUCCGGCUAGGACGCCCAUGCACUGGACAAAUGGCAAGCUGGCUGGCUUCACCGCCGGCAGCGAGACCUGGCUGCCCGUCGCCGCGGACUAUGCCGAGCGCAAUGUGCAGACGGAGCGCGGCAUUCCGCUCAGCCAUCUGAACGUUUACAAGCGCCUGCAGCAGCUGCGCCAGGAGCCGGCCAUCCAGCAGGGCGCUGCCGAAAUCAAGGCUGUCAAUGGCUACGUCUUGGCGGUCGAACGCUAUCUGAGUGGCAAUUACGUGUACAUCUCUCUGCUCAACAUCUUCGAGCACAUCGAGAAUGUGAACCUGAACGAUGUGUUCAGCGGCCUGCCCAGCACCUUCCAGUACGCCCUGGUCACCGAAAAGUCCAUCAGGCAGCUGGGCGACAAGGUCUCCAGCAGCAGCAUCACCCUGAUGCCCUACGAGUCCGUUGUCCUGCGCUCCACGACAACCAUCUGAGCCAACGGCUGGACUAUCUGCUGUUAGCUAUCGUAUGCACAAUAAAAAACAAAUAUUGUUUAUCUCGAUGUGA